CAGCGAAUAAACGUGUCAGAUUUGGUUUAACACACAGCUCGUUUUCAAAGCGGUUAAAAGUUGAGUGUCGUUGAUAUUUAACGUAAAAUUUAAAGCUACUGGGAAAAUUUGUCUUUUUGUUUUCGAGUAACAGAACUAUUAACCAUGAAAAUAUUCGCAUCGACAGCGCUGUUAACUCUACUUGUAUCGCAGGUAUCUAUGGAAAAAUCGCUGGAAACCGAUUUGAUAGCAGCGAAAAAUCAGACCGUUAUAAAAGAUGUUCGUCGACAAAGGAUUCACAAUACGAGACAUCACAAUGUUUCCAGCAACAAAACUCGGUCAUCUCUGGACCAACAACUGUUUCCUAGUAACGACGAUGGUAUUACUCACAGCAACAAUGACAAACCGAACUUAAGACAUAUGAAUAGUCAAGCGUCAGCUACACUAUUCCACAAUGUUACUCGUCAAAAUUAUAUAAUUAAAAAAAAAUCAUCCAUUAUGAAGCGGACACCAGCUGAUGAUGUACUUAGUAAGAAUAUAUCAUUUCUGUUGGAAAAUUUGCUGAAACGGUAUGAGAAUUCGCAUUUGCCAACUCACGGACAAGGUAUACCAACGAUUGUGAAGACGAACAUUCUAAUUCGGUCGAUGGGUCCUGUUUCCGAACAGGAUAUGGAUUACUCAAUGGACUGUUACUUCCGGCAGUAUUGGCGUGAUACUAGACUGAAAUUUGAGGGUCCAAUGAAAAGUCUCUCAUUGAGUAUAAAGAUGCUCGAAAGGAUUUGGCGUCCGGACACGUAUUUCUAUAACGGCAAACAUUCGCAUAUUCACACAAUAACCGUACCAAAUAAACUAUUACGAUUAAAUCAGGAUGGCGACAUUUUGUAUUCAAUGAGACUAACGAUUAAAGCUUCUUGUCCGAUGGAAUUGAGAAAUUUUCCAAUGGAUCGUCAAUCGUGUCCCUUGAUUUUAGGAAGUUAUGCUUACACAUCAAAAUCGCUUGUAUACGAAUGGCAGAGCAGUGAUUCAGUAACUUUCACCCCAGGAAUGACGCUGAGUCAAUUCGAUUUGAUAAGUAUACCGCAAAAAAACUAUACGUAUAACCGACGUGAAGGUGACUUUUCGGUAUUGCAAGUUUCGUUUAACAUGCAACGCUUGUCUGGAUAUUUUCUCAUUCAGGUGUAUGUUCCAUGUAUAUUGAUUGUUGUUUUGUCAUGGGUAUCGUUUUGGAUACACCGAGAAGCAACUAGUGAUAGAGUUGGUCUAGGAAUCACCACUGUGUUGACCCUCUCCACAAUAAGUCUUGACUCCCGCACUGACUUGCCGAAGGUGCGUUACGCAACGGCUCUUGAUUGGUUUCUGCUAAUGAGUUUUUUCUACUGCAUUGCAACACUUCUUGAAUUUGCUGGAGUCCACUAUUUCACAAAGGUAGGUAGUGGUGAGAUUCCUGAAAUCACUGACGAUGAGUGGGAAGAUAUUGGCGAGACAACUGAAUUGGUCGGAGGAGAUUUGUAUUUGACACCAUCCAGUAAUAAUUCGCCACAGCGUAGCAUGGCUAUUGUACGACCAAGAGGCUCCAUGAUAUGUCCUAUUUAUAGUGAUCCUGGUAUUUUCUUUAAGUCAACACAAUCGCAGUCCCACACAUCAACAAUGGAACGGACAACUCAAACCGAACCACCGAAAGCGCCAAAAUGGAAACAGAUCUGGUUGUGUUUCUUGGGAGACGAUAAAUUUCGGAAGCAACGGCAGAGAGAAGCUACAGAGAAAUGUGUUGGUACAAGCCGAUACGUGAACAGCGUAUCUCUGAUAGACAGAACCGCACGGAUCGGAUUUCCUAUGUCGUUUACUAUUUUGAAUAUCUUAUAUUGGUUGGUUUAUGUGACGUUUCAGGAAGAUUUUCCAUACGUUCCGAACAACGAAAUAAAGAAUUUGAAUUAAAAUUCAUCCCAACACGAAAAUUUAAUGUUUAAGAAUACUAAGUCUGAAUUCCCAGUCAUCCGUUUUCAUUCAGUUUUGCAUCCGUAUACAUGACAGUUGGCAUUUCAUACAAUAUAGUGCACAUUGUUUGAAAUGACAACUGUCAUGUACACGAAGGCAAAACGGAUGACUGUGAGGCCACCUUUAUGCUUGAUUCCACUUACCAAAAAAGUACUCCGUGUUAGAGACAAAAU